AUGGAUAAUGCGAAUGGUCAACAAAAUAUAGUAUCAUCCUUCCCACCUCCUCCACCAUAUUUUCGUCUCUUUGACCACGAAGACAAAGUGACUAAGAUAAAGCCUCCUCCCUGUAUUGAGGGGCCUUUUACUUGCUUUGGCUCUCAACUUUCUUCCGAGAUUUCUAUUCAUCCAUUGGAUAGUGACACCAUAUUGUAUGAUGAAUCCAACGAUGAUUUGACAGCAGAACUGAUGAAGUUAAACGAAAUGUUUCAGAUGGAAAUACUUAAACUUUUGGAGAAUUCAGGGAAAGGAGUAGUAGAUACAUCCUCAGUCAAGAAAAUAAUUAAAAUAUAUAAUAAUAUGAAUCAUAUACUCGAGAAGCUUAGAGUAAUACAGACAUAUCACCAAAUUUAUGAUGAACUAGAAGCGCAGGUUAAUGAGAAGAAUCAACUUUUGAAUCAGAUAAAACAGCAUCUAGAAGAGUACAAAAGUUUAUUGGCUGACUCAAAUAAACAAAAUGCAGACAAAAUGACUGACUAG